CGCGGUACACGCAGGGUAGCAGCAGACUUUUAGUAUCUUCCUAGUGCUAUUCGAUAAAAGAAAGCUCAGCUGGCGCACGACAGUGAUAGCCGCCACAGACCUGUCGCAGUCACAGAACCGUACGGCUACUAGUCUUGCCGCCCUGCCCCGCGGGUCGAUCUACCCCUCUCUGGCGACCCACGCACCUCCCGUAUUCUCGAUCACCGUCUCCUUUCUCAACUACAACGCCAUGGUUUCCGUUUGCGUGACAUGCAAAGGCCUGCAGAAACACCCCCACGGGCUGAACGGCGCCCAGGAUAGCAGCAAAGAAUCCUUGGUUUGGGUCAACACCAGGCUACCAACGCUAAGGUCAAGUUCAAGUGCCUGUCGCGCAUGCGCACUUCUACUAAAUGGCAUUUUGCCAUAUUGCGACCGAUUCGCUGGCGUGAUCGAGGACAGGAUCCGAGUGACUGCCGAGUCAUUCAACCCCAAACCAGACAGGAACCUUCAGGAUCAUCUCUCAGUUGAGCUUCGAUGGAAGGACAACGAAGACCACGACGAAUGUCAAAACGAAAACCAUGAAAACGCCUCUGGCUACGCAGAUCUCAAAUUAGAGUUUUUCACAGAUGGAGAUGGUCAAUCUCCUUUCUCUGCCAUUGGAAGAGGUCGGCAACUAGUAGAGACUCCGUUGCAGAAUACUGGUUUGAUGAUAGCACGAAGUUUGAUAAAGAAUUGUCUAGACAACCACGCUACAUGCAGUCGCAGAAGUAAACCUACUACGCUACCAAAACGCAUAUUGGACUUGUCGGCAGGCGACGACCCCAAAACUCUGCGACUGCAUGAAAGUGAGUAUACUCAAGAAGAGAGAAGAUACGAACAUGGCGAAUACAUUGCCUUGAGUCAUGUUUGGGGAACGACCAAAGGCAUACCCAAGACAACUUUGGAAACAUUAGAGUCUCACAAAAAGUGUAUCCCGUGGUCAGUUCUACCCAGAACCUACCAGGAGGCAAUUUUUCUUACUCGAGCACUUGGUUUCCGGUGGUUGUUCAUCGACAGUCUUUGUCUCAUACAAGAUGACGUUCAUGAAAAGCUUGAGGAUUCGCUCCGGAUGGAUGAGAUCUUUGGAGACGCUUUCUUAACCAUUGCGGCAACGUCCGCAUCCGACAGUAGUAGCCACCCACUAUUUCCCCCCAAGACACAACCGCUCAAGAUCCAAGCAGCCGAUGCCAAAGGCUCAAUGCAUAAAAUUAACGUAAGAGAGCAGCCGAGCCACUACAGCUUCAAAGCACCUUCCAAUGGCAAUGCACACAUGAAUGAGUGGGAACUACCCUUCAACAUUACCGAAGAGGCAAAUGUGGACACACCCCUUCUAGUCCGUGCCUGGCCUUACACCGAACGCAUGCUAUCCACCCGUGUGCUACAUUUUACAAAAAGCGAAAUGAUACUCGAAUGCCGUCAAGGCUACCAAUGCGAAUGCGGGCGUAUCGAAGACAGCUCAUUUGACUCGCGACCUACUGAUCAGGUCAAGCAGGAGUUUGGCAAGGUCCUUGCGGAAAUUCUACAUCAACCGCAACAGAACAAUGGUAACAGCAACCUGGGCCACAACCGGAUGGACAGUGUCACUAACCAAUUAGCCUCUACCAAUCUUACGAAUGGCGCGCACCAAGAACUGUUGCGGAAACGCGAAGAAACGCUACAACUCUGGUCUUGCAUGAUUACAGAAUACACGGCAAGACACCUGACAUAUGACAGCGACCGCCUCAUCGCCGCAGCAAGUAUGGCAAAAGCAUUGUCGCCCACAUUGCAAUCAGGAUACAUUGCUGGACAAUGGACUUUCAGCACACUAGGACUACUCUGGUAUCCCAACGACAGCACCUGCUGCCGCCGCCCGCAACUCGGACAAGGCCAGAACGUCCCAAGCUGGUCCUGGGCUUCUGUCGAAGGCGCCCCAAUCUUUUUCGACAACACAAGCGCAAUGGAUCUUGCAUGCAGAGCAUCAUUUGGUCCAAAGGGCAAACGUGCAAGCGCCUGGUCCCCCAUCAUGGGCGAGCCGCUCGAACUAUCUGGCGCAAUGGCCACAGAAGUGGUGUUUCACACCUCCUCGAAACCCUCCUCACAACAACCGUACUCAUACAUGCUAGCCCGCAACGGAAUGACAGUCGAGUUCACACCCGAUGUUGUUCCGCCGCGCGACGAAGACGCACUGCAUGAUGGCGAGACGCUCGUCUGUGUCCUCGUGAGCAUGACGUUCCGCUCGUCAAUUGUCGGUGUUGUACUCAAGUCUUCGCCACAAGGAAACAACACGUAUCGCCGUGUUGGCCGCUUUGAAUGCUACGAGUGUACGCCUGAGGGUAUAGACGAGGAGAUGAGUGAGGAUGCCGAAGCGCUGUUUGAGCAUUGGUUCCCUGAGAUUCAGGAUAUGACGCAAUUGGAUAAUUAUCCGCAGCGGAAUUUUACGGUUGUGUGAGGGAUUCUAGAUUCGUGUGCUUGACUAAUUUUGGGGGGGAGGAAGUGUAGUAUGACUUUGUUUUUCGUUACGUGGUUUUUUGGUCUACUGCUUGGAGUGUGUGAGAAUGAGAUGUGGAGGAAUGACUCUUCUAUUCAGCCUCUUGUAUAUGUACGAUACCCAGACCUUACCUUUUUGGUCGGUUUCCAAAUAUGGUGGAAUCUUUUCUUUAUGAUGCUCUCUUUUGAUGAAUUGGGAAACAUGGAGUUGCAACUAGACUCGAUUAUCGAUUUGCUAUCGUAUGUCAAACUUUUCUGAUCGUACUGGGCUUCCAAGUCUUCUAGAAAUUUUACCUUGCGGUGAGCUAGAUG